AUGAGCGCGCCCACGUCCAACCCCAAGGGUCGCAACCUUCUUGCCGUCAUCGGAGACGAGGACUCGGUCACUGGUCUCCUCCUGGCCGGUAUCGGCAACGUUGACGAGCACCAGAAGAAGAACUUUGUCAUCGUCGACGGCAAGACCCAGACCAACGUCAUCGAGGCUGCGUUCCAGGAGUUCACCGAGGACCGCAAGGACAUUGCCAUCCUCCUUAUCAACCAGCACAUCGCUGAGCGGAUACGCCCCACUGUCGACCGCUACCAGGCGGCCUUCCCUGCUCUGCUUGAGAUCCCCUCCAAGGAGCACCCGUACGACCCCCUCAAGGACUCUGUCCUCAAGCGUGUCCAGAAGCUGCGCGGCGACUAG